AUAUAGUUUUAGUAUUUAUCCAUCACGCUCUUUAAGGUCACAAAACUCUGGACUUUUGGUAGUACCUAGGUUAUUCAAGUCCACUAAAGGAGGGAGAGCGUUUCGCAUUUGGCUCCUAAACUCUGGAAGCCUUCAUGAUGAUGUUCGGGGCUCAGAGACAUUAUCCCAGUUUAAAGGGAUAGUUCACCCAAAAAUAAAAAUUCUGUCAUUAAUUAUUCACCCUCACCUCAUUCCAAACCCAUAAGACUUGCGUUCAUCUUUGGAACACAAAUUAAGAUCUUUUUGAUGAAAUUUGAGAGCUUUCUGUCACUCCAGAAAGCUGCUACCACUUUGAAGCUCAUAAAGAGAUUGUAAAACUAAUCCAUAUGAAUUCAGCAGUUUAGUCCAAAUUUUCUGAAGAGACUCGAUCGCUUUAUAUGAUGAACAGAUUUAAUUUAGGCCUUUAUUCACAUAUAAUACUUAUAAUUACUUAAUAAUUACUUCAAUGAGCUCAUUGUUUCUGCCUAAAAUUAAUACAUGAUGUUAACUAACUGCAUGAUUUGUAUAUGUACAUUUCUGAAAUACAUUACUUGGACACAGUCAGCUGUAAUAACAGAUCACUUUAAAUUGUAAUGUGAACACAUGCAUUUUCUGUAAAGCUGCUUUGAAGCGAUAUGUAUUGUGAAAAUCGCUAUACAAAUAAAUAUGAAUGGAAUUUAGGAAGCAGUGCAUUACCAGGAUAAAUUAAGUGAUUAUGUAGCCUAUGUGUCCACCAAUACAUUUAAUAACAUUUAUGCUGAAUAAAAUUUUAUUUGGGCCCUUAAUUUAAAUUUUACUCAUUUAAAUUACUUUGAUUUAUUGGACUAGUCAUUCUGUCAUGUCCACAGAGCAGCUGAAAUAACUGUAUUUUCAGUACAAUUAAAUGUCUAUGGUUACAUUAUCUAAAAACACAUUUUAGUGAUUUAAAGUAAUUAUAGGCUAUACUGAUAGUUUGUCCACUGAGUUACUGUCCACUUUAUGUCCUGAUACUUUGACCUAUAGCCUAGUACUUAAAUAAAUAAAUAAAUAAAUAAAAAUGCAUGAAUGAAUAACAAAAACUGUUUCAUUUUUAAAACUGAAUUGUAGCAAUGACCUGAAUAUACAGUCUAUGUACAGACCAUUACGUAACAACAACCUGAACGCCGCACCAAUCUCUUACAAGGAAAUUUUCUUCUCGCACGGCAUUGGCCAAAGUUUACUCAACCUGCAAAGAAGGGCGAUUCUAAUUGGUCACUUUGCUGUUCACGGAAACAGAUGACGGUUGGUUUAGGUGAUAUCUGUGCAAUGGCGGAGGUCACACAGCGUAUCGGGAGAGAAGCUUACAAGCUUUUAAAACCACAAAAUCUCCCGCUUUUGGAUAAAAACUGUAAAGCCGUCUCACAGGCAGCUUAUGUUGCAGCUUUAACAAAUUCAAUACAGCUCUGUGAGAUUCCUAAUGGCCGUGUCAGAGCUGCUAAAGGACUGUGUGAAACGAGCCCGGCAGGUCUGGAGACUGCAAAAGGGAAUGUAAAUAGACUCUUUACCCGCUUCACGGCUGCUGAUGGAGAUGCACACAACUUGAAAGUGCCGUUGGACUGCCGUUCUGGAAAUAUUAGUAAAUGGAAUGACUGCCGUGGAUUGACGUCUAAGGCAUCUCCAGUGCACGUGCCGUCCUGGAAGAGCUUGUGUUGGGGAAUACAUGGAAAACUCCAUAAAAAGACUCUCUAUAGACUUGCAAAUGCUCAGUUUAUGUCUUUCACUAGAGCUUACAGUGGCACACAGAAUAACGGCGGUCCAGCUGAGCCACUAUACAAAUCAAAGUCUGCAUAUUAUGACAUUUUGGGAGUGUCUCCAUCAGCCACCCAUGCACAAAUCAAGACUGCUUACUAUAAGCAGUCCUUCAUAUAUCACCCAGACAAGAACGCAGGGAGCGAGGAGGCCACGUUCAGGUUCUCUCAGAUCAGUGAGUCUUACCACGUCCUGGGUAAUAAAGCUCUGAGGAGGAAAUACGAUCGAGGGAUCCUGAGUCAAGCAGACCUGCUGGGAUCCAGCAAACCCACUAGCAAAGAGAGUUCAGCAUCAGGACAGCAGACCAGAGCCCGACACUCCCCCUCUGUUGGAUCCGCCCAGCAGAAGAUCUUCGACUUUGAUACCUUCAUCAGAUCACACUAUGGAGAACAGCUUCAGAGAGAGAAGCAGCUCCGGCAGCGUAGAGAAGAGAUUCUCAGGAAGGAGAAGGAGAACUAUGAGGAUGUGAAACUGGGCAGGUUGAAGGAGUUCACUGUGGGGUUAAUGCUGGCUAUGGCAAUCGCCAUCUUACUUAGCCUAAAGUCUAGCAAGUGAUUAAGAUACAGGGAUACUUGAAGCAUAUCUCUCAUAUUUUAACAACCAACACGCAAAUAUAUGGUACUGAUAUUUCAUUUUUACUUUUUUUUUUUUUUUUUUUUUCAUAUGGGCAGUUGCAUCAACCCCCUUAAAGUUAAUACAUUGGCAAGAUACCCAUUAAAAAUAUAAAUGUUUUUUUGCAAACAAACAAAAUACCAUUGUUACUACUACAAAAAAGCAUAUGUAGAUUUCAGAUGCAAAAGCCUCCAAGUGGCAUCUGAAAAUCUCUUCUAAAAUGAGCAUUUUUAUCAAGCUCGUAUAUUUAUGUUCAGUUAUUUCAUGCUAAUGGCAAUGAAAAUGACCUAUUAAAUUGAAAUUACUGAACAUAAACAUACGAGCUUGAUAAAAAUGCUAAUUUUAAAAGAUUUUCAGAUGGCUUUUGCCUCUAAAGUCUUCAUAUCUAGAUAUGAUAAUGAUAUAUUUUCCCCAAUGUUAUUGUACUUAAAAUAACCAUGGUGUUUUGGUGGAUAAGACAAUUAAAAAUGGUUUCUGUGUAAUAAUGGGUGCCAUUUUAGCUAUAAUUGUGCUCUACCUCAUCUGUUAAACUGUAUUCAAAAUGUAAGGAUUAAAUGAACCUUGAAACUGCUAGUAAACACUUACAGCAUUAUUUUGCACAAAGGCCCUUGGUAAAAACUGACCUGGGUUUAUUAAUGUCUGGCUUCACUUCACCUGAGCUACUUAUUUAAAUUUUAAGAUAAAUGACAACUAUUGUGUUCAAAAUAAAUGUUUGUGACUCGACAAUGAAAGUGUAACAUUCACUUGGAAGAAUGAUGGAAAUGUUCUGGGGUUGUGAUUGGCUAAUUGUUAAGGAUGUGCUAUACAAACUGCAGGUUCAAUCUCAAAUUGGGAUGAAUCUGGAAAUGGAGAUUUGUUGAAAUUACAACAAUGCAAUUUAAGUGUGCCUUCUGGUUAUUUCAAUAUAUGGAGGAGUAUGUAUUCUGUGGAUGUAUAGAUAAGAAAAUAAAUUAUUCAAAAUAUUUCA